AUGAAUGGCUUAGGAUUUGUGAUCUGUGACCAACAGUUUAGGUUUAUGCCCGGGAGGAGCCCCACUGAUGCGCUGAGAUUGACGAUGGAGAGGUACAGGGAAGGACAAGAACUGGAAAAUAAUCUAGAAGUGUGGGGGUUUGCAUUGGGAAUGAAGGAAAAGAAAAUGGAGGUGACAGAAAUUAAAAUGUUGCACUUCUCACUAGGACUGACGAGAAGGAACAGAAUAAGAAACGAGAAAGUGAGGGAGGUCCUCAGCGGGGGGAGGUUUGAAGGAAAUGCUAAAGUGGAGGCUAUGAUGGUUUGGGCACGAGGAAGAAGGGACGAGGAAUGCGUGGGGAACAGAAUGCUGGAAAUGAAACCACCUGGGAAACGGAAGAGAGGAAGACCAAAGAGACGGCAUAUGGACACGAUUAACGAAGACAUGGCCCAAGUGGGUGUUACAGGAAUGGAUGUGCAGGACCGGCUGAAGUGGAGAAGAAUGAUCCGUUGCGGCGACCCCUGA